GGGAGGUGUCCUGGACGCCGGAGCCCGCCGGAGGAGCGCUCGCAAACAUGCUGCAGCCUCUAAGCAAGUCGGUCGCCCUUCCGACGGCGCUGGCGUGGAGAAGGACCCGCUUCGCCUUCAUGCCUCCAGCCUGGAUGCCCUAAGCUGACCCCUUUGCCUCGCUGCACAGCCAUGGGAGAAGGAUGGCGCUUCUUAGAGGAUCGCCCUCCCAACCGAACGAACUUGACGGCUCAGGCUGGCCUGAGACCCCUCAACACCUCAGCAGACUUGGAUCUACCUGGCAGCUGGAAAACGGAGGAGUUGUCCCAGCAGUGGAUGGUGGGCAUGAGCCUCCUGAUGUCUUUGAUGGUGACCUUCAUUGUAGUGGGCAACGGUCUGGUGAUUGCGGCCAUUGGGAGGACCCAGCGGCUGCAAACCCUCACGAACGUCUUCAUCACCUCUCUGGCUUGUGCUGACUUGGUGAUGGGCUCUGUGGUGGUGUCCUUUGGUGCCACCCUAGUAGUGCAAGGCUCUUGGCUCUGGGGCUCCUUCCUGUGUGAAUGCUGGAUUUCAGUGGACGUCUUGUGUGUGACAGCAAGCAUAGAGACCUUGUGCGUCAUUGCAAUUGACCGUUAUUUGGCCAUUACUUCGCCCUUCCGCUACCAGAGCCUCAUGACCAAGAGACGUGCCAAGAUCAUCGUCUGUGUUGUCUGGGCCAUUUCUGCCUUGGUGUCCUUCUUGCCCAUCAUGAUGCAUUGGUGGAGAGAUACAGGGCUUGAGGCUAAGCACUGCUACGAUAACCCCAGCUGCUGUGACUUUGUCACCAACAGGGCAUAUGCUAUUGCAUCCUCCGUCAUCUCCUUCUACAUCCCUCUUUUUGUUAUGAUUUUUGUCUACAUUAGAGUCUACAGAGAAGCCAAGGAGCAGAUGAAGAAGAUUGAUAGGUCUGAGGGCAGGUUCUACAAUAAUCACCAGCAGCAACACCAGCCUCCAGUCCACCAGCACCUGCCUAUCUUGGGUAAUGGCCAAACAAAUAGGAGAAAAACAUCCCGGAUUCUAGCUAUAAGGGAACAAAAAGCUCUUAAAACUUUGGGCAUCAUCAUGGGGGUUUUUACUCUCUGUUGGCUACCGUUUUUCCUGGUCAAUAUAGUCAAAGUCUUUAAUAGAGGUCUUGUACCAGACCAGCUCUUUGUAUUCUUCAACUGGUUGGGCUAUGCCAACUCUGCCUUCAAUCCCAUCAUUUACUGCAGGAGCCCUGAUUUUCGUAAGGCCUUCAAAAGGAUGUUGUGCUGUCCUAGAAAAGCAGAUCGGAGGUUGCAUGCCAGCACUGGAGAGCUCUCUCAUUAUCCUGGAGGUUUCAUCAGUACCCUGGGAAAUACAGCUCCAUGCACUCUUGGAGGGACGUGGUCUGAUUACAAUGGUGGUAUGCAGAAUGGAAGUGACUCCAGCUUGGAGGAAGGGAACAGUAAAAUCUCCUAUUCAGAGUCCAAGGUAUAAAGGGCAUGUGGUGAGUGGGAUAAAAGAAAUGGGAGGAUAUGCUGUAUAUUAGGAAGCAAGAAAGGAAGCCAAAACAAGAUAGGAGAGGGAGGGAAACCCUUAAAGGAACACAUUGGGAGUCUGGCUAAUACUCAAAACUCCAGACUGACUUUUCUCAGUUGGAAGAAGAUAUUAUUUACCUGAAGCACAAAGCAGGUGAACUUGUAUACAGAAUACCUCUUAUCCAAAUGGAAGGAAACAGAAGAGUGACUGACCACUGGGGAAAAAGAAAAAGAAAACUAUUCAUUUUCCAAGUCAUUCAGCAUUUGGAUUAUUAUUUUUGGAUUGUAUGCUGCAAAGGUGGCAGUGGGGAGGUUAGGUAAGUAGGGCGUGGUAUGCCAGGAAAGGAACAAAAGCAAGUCGCAAGGAAUUGGUCAAAAAAAUGUUUCAGGAAAAGUUGGAUUUCUAGCAAGGGUUCAGCCAAACUAUAAUGGAAAAGCAAGGCAGGGCACUUCUGAUAACUGAAGGAAAUAGGAAGAAGCCCUUGGCUGACAGUUUAAUUUUAGAGCUAAAGAUAAACGCCCUUAGUUGUUUUUACUAUUAUCCUGUGUGUCAGUAGCACAAGCAGCCUUUAUUUUUUUUUUGUUUGCUUUUAAUUUAUUCAAUCCUUGAAAGGAAAAGAAGAAGUGCUGGCCACCUGUUUAUCUUUCCUGAGAUCAUGUGAAUUUCAGGCAGGAAACAACUUUAGAAACCAUGCUUAAAGACUCUUUGGAAUAAGCCAUUGAAAUAUUUUCUAAUGAGUUUUAUUACACAGUCUGAUCACCCAAUGCAUGUUUAGUCGGAAGCGAGUUUGAUAAAACUUGUUCCUGUAUACAGUUGAGUGCUCAUUAGCUUGUAGCCUUGAAAACCUACAUGCUCCUUAAUAUCCAAGAAGAUCCAUCAAAAGCACGGCUAAUGGAGAGUAUUUUGUUUUGAUCCAAUUUCUCUUGGGUUUGAUCCUUUCGCCCAGUGAUGUCAGGGGUGAGGGAUAUUACUUUUCUUAUCAUAUGAGACAUCAGCAGUAAGGCUAUAAAACAUCUACCUCAAGCUGUGCAUAUUGUACAGGGAAAAUGUGUUUAUAUUAAACAGCUUAUUUAUGUAUUAUUGCUAGUUAAGGGUUUUUU